GCGGCGCGCCGCCUGUGUCAUCCGCCAUUUUGUGCGAAGCAAGGUGGCCUCCACGUUUCCAGAGCGUCUUCUUCGCUUCUGCCUCGACCGCCCCUUGACCACAGACAUGUCUCGGGAUCGGUUCCGGAGUCGUGGCGGUGGCGGUGGCGGUUUCCACCGGCGCGGAGGAGGCGGUGGCCGUGGCGGCCUCCAUGAUUUCCGCUCUCCGCCGCCCGGCAUGGGCCUCAAUCAGAACCGCGGCCCCAUGGGCCCGGGCCCAGGUGGCCCUAAGCCCCCUAUCCCGCCGCCGCCUCCGCACCAGCAACAGCAGCAGCCUCCGCCGCAGCAGCAGCCUCCGCCGCAGCAGCCGCCGCCGCAUCAACAGCCGCCACCGCAUCAGCCACCGCACCAGCAGCCGCCACCGCCGCCGCAGGACUCAUCCAAGCCCGUGGUUCCUCAGGGGCCCGGACCCGCUCCGGGAGUAGGCAGCGCGCCGCCAGCUUCCACCUCGGCCCCGCCCGCCACUCCUCCGACCACUGGGGCCCCGCCGGGGCCGGGCCCCACCCCGACCCCGCCGCCCGCCGUCACCUCGGCCCCGCCGGGGGCGCCUCCGCCUGCGCCGCCGACCAGCGGCGUCCCGACCACUCCUCCCCAGGCCGGCGGGCCGCCGCCUCCACCCGCGGGCGGCCCGGGCCCAGGGCCUAAGCAGGGCCCAGGCCCCGGCGGCCCCAAAGGCGGCAAGCUGCCUGGAGGGCCGAAGCCCGGCGGCGGCCCGGGCCUGAGCGCGCCCGGAGGCCACCCCAAGCCGCCGCAUCGAGGAGGCGGGGAGCCCCGCGGGGGCCGCCAGCAUCACCCGCCCUACCACCAGCAGCACCACCAGGGUCCCCCGCCCGGCGGGCCCGGCGGCCGCAGCGAGGAGAAGAUCUCCGACUCAGAGGGGUUUAAAGCUAACUUGUCUCUCUUGAGGAGGCCUGGAGAGAAAACUUACACACAGCGUUGUAGGUUGUUUGUUGGAAAUCUACCUGCUGAUAUCACAGAAGAUGAAUUCAAAAGACUAUUUGCAAAAUACGGAGAACCAGGAGAAGUUUUUAUCAAUAAAGGCAAAGGAUUCGGAUUUAUUAAACUUGAAUCUAGAGCCUUGGCUGAAAUUGCCAAAGCUGAACUUGAUGAUACACCCAUGAGAGGUAGACAGCUUCGGGUUCGCUUUGCCACACAUGCUGCUGCCCUCUCUGUUCGAAAUCUUUCACCUUAUGUUUCCAAUGAACUGUUGGAGGAAGCCUUUAGCCAGUUUGGUCCUAUUGAAAGGGCUGUGGUAAUUGUGGAUGAUCGUGGAAGAUCUACAGGGAAAGGCAUUGUUGAAUUUGCUUCUAAACCAGCAGCAAGAAAAGCAUUUGAACGAUGCAGUGAAGGUGUUUUCCUACUGACAACAACUCCUCGUCCAGUCAUUGUGGAACCACUUGAACAAUUAGAUGAUGAAGAUGGUCUUCCUGAAAAACUUGCACAGAAGAAUCCAAUGUAUCAAAAGGAGAGAGAAACACCACCUCGUUUUGCUCAGCAUGGCACAUUUGAGUAUGAAUAUUCUCAGAGGUGGAAGUCCUUGGAUGAAAUGGAAAAACAGCAAAGGGAACAAGUUGAAAAAAACAUGAAGGAUGCAAAAGACAAGUUGGAAAGCGAAAUGGAAGAUGCCUAUCAUGAGCAUCAAGCAAAUCUUUUGCGCCAAGAUCUGAUGAGACGUCAGGAAGAAUUGAGACGUAUGGAAGAACUUCACAAUCAAGAAAUGCAGAAACGUAAAGAAAUGCAAUUGAGGCAAGAGGAGGAACGACGUAGAAGGGAGGAAGAGAUGAUGAUUCGCCAACGUGAGAUGGAAGAACAAAUGAGACGCCAAAGAGAAGAAAGUUAUAGCCGGAUGGGCUACAUGGAUCCAAGAGAAAGAGACAUGAGAAUGGGUGGCGGAGGAGCAAUGAACAUGGGAGAUCCCUAUGGUUCAGGAGGCCAGAAAUUUCCACCUCUAGGUGGUGGUGGUGGCAUAGGUUAUGAAGCUAAUCCUGGAGUUCCACCAGCAACCAUGAGUGGUUCCAUGAUGGGAAGCGACAUGCGUACUGAGCGCUUUGGGCAGGGAGGUGCGGGGCCUGUGGGUGGACAGGGUCCUAGAGGAAUGGGCCCUGGAACUCCAGCAGGAUAUGGUAGAGGGAGAGAAGAGUAUGAAGGCCCAAACAAAAAACCCCGAUUUUAGAUGUGAUAUCUAGGCUUUCAUUCCAGUUUGUUUUUGUCUUUUCUUGUUUAGAUACCACUUUUAAAUUCUUGCAUUUUAGUAAGAAAGCUACCUUUUUAUGGAUGUUAGCAGUUUAUUGACCUAAUAUUUGUAAAUGGUCUGUUUGGGCAGGUAAAAUUAUGUAAUGCAGUGUUUGAAACAGGAGAAAAAUUAUUUUCAUUUUACUUUUUCUUUUCUCUCCUUUUUUUUUUUUUUCU